AUGUUCAAGGCCCUGAUGGGCGGGGGCAAGUCGGCGUCCACUUCGGACGUUCGCAGCUCCGGCUCCUCCAAGGGCAGCAGCCGUCGCAAGACCGACUCAAAGUCCAGCCGCAAAUCCUCACGGGGUGACGACCGUGACCGCGGCUUGGGCGAUCUGUCGGCUUACGACGGCGACUCUGUUGCAUCGACGUACGUGACGGCAGAACCCGAAACCAUUGACGGUUCCGAUCCCAUUAUCAUCGACCGAGCCCCCAAGCGCCGAGACAGUGAUCGCGAUAGCAAGAGCUCCCACCGGCGCGAUCGUGAUCGAUCCGCCAGUCGCGAAAGAGAGAAGCGGAAGAGCCGGCGCUCAACGGAAGAUUCGGCCAAAGGAGAUAAUGACAAUGACCGGGAUGAAAAGCGCGACCGUCGUGAGCGUCGUCGCACCAAGUCUGGCGAUCCCUAUGGGCCGCCGACCUCCAUGCCCUCCAGCGCUCCUAGCGCCCAGUUUGCCGCCGACAUCGCGGCCCCAGGAUUCUCGCAAUUCCCCAUGCAAUACGACAAUGGCAUGCCUUCGGCUCCUGGCCAUGACUCCUCGCCGGCACCAUACGAUCCGCAUGUACACCAGCAGUUCCCUGGUCAAUUCCCCAGCACGGUCGCGGAGCCAUAUCUUUCCAACCCUGCCGGCGCUGCGGCAGACUAUUAUGGCGAUCAAGGGCAGUCAGUCGCUGAGCAGCCGGGUGUCAGACCAACGCCUCCUGCAGUGAUCCCCAACAACCAAGCGCAUUUGCAGUCUGCAUCGUCAUCGGCGAACCCCCCUCCCGAGCCAAGCAGUGUCGGCCAAGUUGGUGCAGCUGCAGCAUAUUACUCCGCUGAAGUUGAUGGAUCGGAGUUACAAGCCCAGCCACAACCAACUUCAUCUUCUUCCAAGCCUCCGAAGGUCUCGAAGCCUUCGUCCUCAAGCGCAAUUGCAGCGGGAGCUGCCGGGGUGGCCGCAUACGGUGUUGGGACCGAGCUGCUGUCCCAGCAUGAGACAGGGUCUUCCUCCACGACAUCUGCGCAACAAACCACCUCAUACUCGCAGCCGGCCAUGACAAGCACGAACAAGCCUCCCCAUGGCCACUCCCAGAGCAUUGGCCCUGGCAUUGGUCUAGCAGCUGCUGGUGCCGCCGCGGGUUACAUGAUGGGUCACCAUAAUCACUCGUCAAGCCCGGCGCACUCGUCGCAGUACACAUAUCAGAACUAUGAGGGGUCUUCUCAAGGUGGUACACCAUAUGGGCCCCCUGGCCCCAGCGGUGGAUAUUCUUACGGAGCCGGCUCACUCGGAUUUCAACAAAGACAGCGCGGCCCUCUGGGGCGACUUGUGGACUUCUGGCGGGACCCAUAUGGCGUCGGAAGAUUUGAGGAUUAUACCCAGACGAUCGGUGUUUGCAAGUACUGCUUCGAACCAGGCACGUCGUCUCUUGAUGCGCCUCGCAAGCAUCACUAUCAUCCCCACCGACGCCAUUCUUCCGACCGCUAUAGUAGCGGCAGCUCGUCUAGGGUAAACAAACUCUCCCGUUACCAGUCUUCUGAAGACGAGAGUCGCCGGCGCAAGAAGUCUAAGAAAUCUUCAUCUUCAUGGCUGCCAGGAAUGCUUGCUGGUUAUGCCGCCAAAUCACUAUUUUCGGGCAAGGACUUUGAGGAUUCUUACAGCGUCCGCCCCAAUCAAGCCUCUGACGAUCGUCCGGCUUCCUACCACGGGGAACGCCGCUCGGAAACCAGCUACACAUCGCGCGGCGUUGUUCGUCGUUCCGCUCGCAGUCCGGCAAGAGAUCAUCACUCCGACACUAAACGGACAACUUACUCUGAGCGUUCCCGCCGAACCAGGUCGCGGUCCAGGUCCUCGUCUCGAUCCGGCCACCACUCGUUUGUGAAGGAGGCAGCCUUGGGCGCGGCAGUGGGGUCGGCUGCAUUGGCCGUUGCUAAGUCGCGCCAGCGAAACCGCAGCCAAUCUCCUGGCAGAUCCCACAGCCGGAAAGAGUCUUCAUCCGACUCGUCUUUCCUCGACGUUUCACGCAAGUCCGUGGGUGGCGGUAUUGGCUCAUUCUUUACCGCGUCAUCCGAAAACCGCAAGCCUCGACGACCGAAGAAGCGCAGGGGGUUCUUUUCUUUCAACAGUUCGUCAUCCUCCUCGCUCGAUGAUGAUCUCGCCUUCGGUUCCGGCUUUGCAAAGAAGCCCAAAUCUCUGAAAUCCAAGAGGAAAGGAAAGAAGAACGAAGAUGUGGAUGCUGCUUUGCUGGGUCUGGGUGCUACGGCAACCGCCUUGGCGGCCUCAUCUCAUGGCCGUAGCAAGAGUACUGGUCAAAUCCUCGCAGCUAAAGAGCAUCGUUCGCGCCAUUCUGCUUCUUCCGCUACGAACGAGGACGAUGAGUGGAUCGAUGCCGAGUCGGAGGACCAGUCUUCCUCCAGUGUCAGCUCUAACCUGGCAUUCGGAGGAAGUAGUGCUGAAUCUGGCUCUGAUUCGAGCGGUGGAUGGGGCUGGAGUUGGGGCAGCAAGAAGAAAAAGAAGGAGAAGAAGUCCAGUGCCGCAGAUGCUGCUCUCGCAAUUGGCGCUGGUGCUCUGGGCAGUGCUGCGUUGGCUUCUGUCGCUCGCAAGAAGGACAGCAAGUCUUCUAGCAGUUCCGGGAGCCUUCAACAGGUCUAUCCGGUGCCCACUUCCGAUCCUUCUCGCUUUGAUGCUGCCAAGAUCUCUCCGUCUGUCAUGUCCGGUGACCAGACGCCCCUCGUUCGCCCCGGGCCCAUCCCGCUUCAGCAACCACAGCCCGUGACUCCGGUGUCUCAGGCUAUAUACACCACCCAAGGUAGCCUGCCCGGCACGAUUCCAGCAUACAGUGCCCCUCCAGUUCUUCCAAUCUUUGCCAACGAUUACGAUCGAUAUGACACCACGGUUCAGUAUCCGCGGGAUGACGCCGGGGUUCCACCAGACAUCCCUUAUAUUGAACGAGACCCCGUCGGUCCUCUGCGCAGAAGCGACUCUUCACCUGUCUUUCCAACGCAACAAAGUUCUACAUCUAGCCUCAAGCGCCGGUCAACAACCAAAGACCAAGCUUCCGUCUCUUUUGACCUCACCGAAGAGCAGGUCGAGAAGGAACGUCGUCGCCGUGGAAGGAAGAGUCGAGAUGAGUUCGAAGAUGUGCCGGAGCAGUUAAUUGACCGAGGAGACGAACUGUCUGGCCAGGAACCCGACCGACGAUCCCGUCGCCGAAAGGAUCGAGAGCGCGAUUCUUCAUCCUGGAUUGAAGCCGCUGCGGUGGCUGCCACAGGCGCGGCUGCUGUCAGCACAAUCUACUCUCACAAGACUGAUGACGACGAAGCUUCUGAAGCCAGUCAGCGCCGAAUCGAUGAGCGCCGCGAGAAACGCCGUGCGGAGCGGCGCCGUGUCUCCGACAGUGAACCUGAGGUGUCCAUCGUUUCUAAGUUUGAUGUUUCCGAGGAGAGCUCGCCAACGUCUGAAUACAAGGAAAAACGGAGAAAACGCUCCCCUCGCCCUGCACCCGUGCAUGAGGACUAUGCGGAGUUUUUCGCUCCCGAGGGGGUGCGGCACAGUUCUGACAAUAACUCGCGCAAUGCGUCGCCCUCCCGUGACAUGCCGAUGAUUGUUGAGAUCGAGCCUGCCGCCGACAGAUUCGAGCGCGAAGCACUGGAGGCUACAAGAGAACCCUACGAAGGCCGCGACCUCCCUUGGCCUGUGCCUCGACUGAACAUCAUUGAGCCCACUCCUCCCCACAGUAUCAGUGGGUCUGUUCGAGAUGCGACUUCCCCCACUGUCGAGCCUGUGGACAAAUCCUAUGCCAACAAGCAGCGCGAGCACCAGACUUAUGAGUACGAUAUUCCUUCGUCCUCCGAACAGGAUCCCCUUGAGCAGGAAGCCGGUUCCCCAGCGGGCACGUCCAAGGAUGCCAACACCAAAUCCGACUAUGGCGAUGAUAUUGAGUUUGCUGCAGCAGUCGCUGCGGCAACCGAAGCGGCUGGGUUUGAUCCAUCCAUGGUUACUGAUAACCCGACCUACCACACGCGUACUUCGCCUCCUGGGUCUGAGGAUGAAGGCGCAUUUACUGCGUCCAAGCCCGAACAAGCCGAGAACAGGGAAAUCGAGCAGCCAAAUGGCAAACAUGCGAGGUCGAGCGAUGACGAUGUCUUUUUCAUGCCGGGUGGAUUUGAUAAUGACGAUACCCGAGACACCCCUCGCGACGACUCUCGAUCUGUCUACUCCGCCCCGGCGGGAGAGCCCGAGACUCCCACGAAAUCCAAGAAGUCUCGGCGAAGCGGCGAAGCCGUUGACUUGACCCAGGAUACUACCUCGGCGCCUCUUGCCGAUGACAAUGACGGUGGGAGUAAGAAGAAGAAAAAGAAGCGGCGCUCUAAGCGUGAUAGUGGUCUCGACGACGCGACUUCAAUUGCCUCUUCGCCUGCCCGGAUUGAGGAAUCUGGGGAGAAGAGUCGUCGCAAGAAGCGGUCUUCACAUAGCGGCGAUGGAGACGGUCUAUAUGAUGCUUCGGACAAGGACUUGGACACUAAAGAUGAUGUGGAUCUGGAGGACUACAGAUCGGAAAGGCAGCGCGAGAAGGGUCGACGACAUGGAUAUGAGGAGGAGAUGGAGUCGGGAGACCAACAGGACUUUGAGAAGGUAUAG